AUGCCUUCUAAGGAACAAGAGUGUGAGAAGGCUCGCAAGAGAAAGGUUCGUACUGUAGUGAAGGCCACAUCUCGGGUUGAUAAGUUCUCCAAAAGUGAUAUCAUUGUUUCCCCAUCUAUUCUCUCUGCUAAUUUCUCAAAGUUAGGAGAGCAGGUAAAAGCAGUGGAGAUGGCAGGUUGUGAUUGGAUUCAUGUUGAUGUAAUGGAUGGCCGUUUUGUUCCAAACAUUACAAUUGGACCUCUCGUGGUUGAUGCUUUACGCCCUGUCACAGAUCUUCCUUUGGAUGUGCAUUUGAUGAUUGUGGAACCCGAACAACGAGUGCCAGAUUUUAUCAAGGCUGGAGCUGAUAUAGUCAGUGUUCACUGUGAACAAUCUGCCACCAUCCAUUUGCAUAGAACACUAAAUCAGAUAAAAGAUCUUGGAGCUAAAGCUGGAGUUGUAUUAAACCCUGCAACCUCACUGAGUACUAUAGAAUAUGUCCUUGAUGUGGUUGAUCUGGUGUUGAUUAUGUCAGUCAACCCUGGUUUUGGUGGGCAGAGCUUCAUUGAGAGCCAAGUAAAGAAAAUCUCAGAGUUGAGAAGAAUGUGUGUAGAAAAGGGAGUAAAUCCAUGGAUUGAGGUGGAUGGUGGAGUUGGUCCAAAAAAUGCAUACAAGGUUAUCAAGGCUGGAGCUAAUGCUUUAGUUGCUGGUUCAGCUGUAUUUGGAGCUAAAGAUUAUGCUGAAGCUAUAAGAGGAAUCAAAACUAGCAAAAUGCCAGAUGCAGUGGCAGUGUGA